AUUGAAUGUACUCGAGCCUUUCGGAAAGCUUUGACAACAUGGGCUAGAUGGGUUGAUGCAAGUGUGAAUCCUAUGAAGACUAUGGUCUUCUUCAGGGGCUAUUCUGCUUCGCAUUUCAGGGGCGGACAGUGGAAUUCCGGAGGGGCGUGUGACAGUGAAACCAAGCUUAUCAAGAACGAGACAUAUCUAACGCCAUAUCCGCCAAAAAUGUUGGUGUUAGAAGGAGUGCUGAGGGGGAUGAAAACUCAUGUCACCUUCCUAAAUAUCACCCGGUUGAAGGAUUUCCGAAAGGAUGGCCACCCGUCAAUCUACCGGAAACACCCGAAGCAAAAGGUGUGGGAGGAUGAAAGAGUAGCACCCCUAAAAUACAAGGACUGCAGUCAUUGGUGCCUUCCUGGUGUGUCGGAUUCAUGGAAUGAGCUCUUAUACGCAGAGCUGCUUGUAAAGGAAAACAAGAUGCGACAACAUCAAAAAGAGCUAGGUAAUCAUACAAAGCUUAAAUUCUUUCAUUUUGGAAAUGUGGAAACAAAGAGAAGAAAAUAGCUUUUAUUUUUUUAUUUUUAAUUUCAAUAC